UCACACUUUGGGAGCCAGCCAGCGUGGUGGACCCAGGAGCCAGAGCAGGAGGGUAACCCAGGAGGCCCGGUCCUUUGGCCCUCUCGGCUCCACCCCCUGCAGCCGGAGCCGCGCCCCCUCUCCCUCAGAUCCCGGAGCAGAGAACAGAGGAGAUUGGGCAGAGGCUUGGGCUCCAGGCGACCCCCAGCCCAAUUCUGCGCCUCCAUCCCAAGGGGUAGAGAAAUUGUCUUCCUUGUUAACUGCCAGGAAGAAAAAAAAAAUAAAAGGAAAAACAGAGACAGAAGAAAGGUGACAGCUAGAUUAUUUAAGAGAGGCGCAGAGAAGAGAAAUCAGUGUGAGUCGCCAUGGGGACUCCCAAGGCCCAGCAUCAACCGCCUCCCCAGCUGCUGUUCCUAAUUCUGCUGAGCUGCCCCUGGAUUCAGGGUCUGCCCGUGAAAGAGGAGGAGGCACUGCUGGAGCCUGGAAGCGAGACCCCCACGGUAGCCUCGGAGGCCCUGGCCGAGCUGCUCCAUGGGGCCCUGCUGAGGAGGGGCCCAGACAUGGGCUACCUGCCAGGAUCUGAUCCAGACCCCACGCUAGCCACCCCUCCAGCCGGCCAGACUCUUGCAGCACCCUCUUUGCCUCGGGCCACUGAGCCAGGGACAGGGCCUCUGACAACAGCCGUAACCCCUAAGGAGGGUAGGGGGACAGGCCCCACCGCGCCGGAGCUGCUGACCCCGCCCCCAGGAACUACAGCCCCACCCCUUUCUGGUCCUGCCUCCCCAGGCCCGCCCCUUGGGCCUGAGGGAGGAGAGGAGGAGACCACGACCACCAUCAUCACCACAACAACCGUCACCACCACGGUGACCAGCCCAGUUUUAUGUAAUAACAACAUCUCCGAAGGUGAAGGGCAUAUUGAGUCUCCAGAUUUAGGGAGCAGCACCAGCCGUACCUUGGGUCUCCUGAACUGUACCUACAGCAUCCAUGUCUACCCUGGCUAUGGCAUUGAGAUCCAGGUGCAGACGCUGAACCUGUCUCAGGAGGAGGAACUCUUGGUGCUGGCUGGUGGGGGAGACACAGGCCUGGCCCCACGACUCCUGGCCAACUCCUCAAUGCUGGGAGAAGGACAGGUCCUUCGGAGCCCAACCAACCGGCUGCUCCUGCAAUUCCAGAGUCCUCGAGUCCCAAGGGGCGGUGGCUUCAGGAUCCAUUAUCAGGCCUACCUUCUGAGCUGCGGCUUCCCUUCCCGGCCGGCCCAUGGGGAUGUGAGUGUGACCGAUCUGCAUCCUGGGGGCUCGGCCACCUUUCACUGUGAUUCAGGCUACCAGCUGCAUGGGGAAGAGACCCUCGUCUGCCUCAAUAGCACCCGGCCAGCCUGGAGCGGUGAACCCCCCAGUUGCAUGGCAUCCUGCGGCGGCACCAUCCACAACGCCACACUGGGCCGCAUCGUGUCACCUGAGCCCGGGGGAGCUGCAGGGCCCAACCUCACCUGCCGCUGGGUCAUCGAAGCAGCUGAGGGACGCCGGCUGCACCUGCAUUUCGAGAGGGUCUCGCUGGAUGAGGACAAUGACCGGUUGAUGGUGCGUUCAGGGGGCAGUCCCCUGUCCCCGGUGAUCUAUGACUCUGACAUGGAUGAUGUCCCUGAGCGGGGCCUCAUCAGUGACGCCCAGUCCCUCUAUGUAGAGCUGCUUUCAGAGACACCUGCCAAUCCCCUGCUGCUAAGCCUCCGGUUUGAAGCCUUUGAGGAAGACCGCUGCUUCGCCCCCUUCCUGGCGCACGGCAAUGUCACCACCACCGACCCCGAGUACCGCCCAGGGGCACUGGCUACCUUCUCGUGCCUCCCGGGAUAUGCCUUGGAGCCCCCGGGCCCCCCCAAUGCUAUCGAGUGUGUGGACCCCACAGAACCCCACUGGAAUGACUCCGAGCCAGCCUGUAAGGCCAUGUGCGGAGGGGAGCUGUCAGAGCCAGCUGGUGUGGUCCUCUCUCCAGACUGGCCCCAGAGCUACAGCCCCAGCCAGGACUGCGUGUGGGGCCUACACGUCCAGGAAGAGAAGCGCAUCUUGCUCCAAGUUGAGAUCCUGAAUGUGCGCGAAGGGGACAUGCUGACACUGUUCGACGGGGACGGUCCCAGCGCCCGAGUCCUGGCCCAGCUGCGGGGACCCCAGCCGCGUCGCCGCCUCCUCUCCUCUGGGCCCGACCUCACGCUGCAGUUCCAGGCGCCGCCCGGGCCCCCCAACCCGGGCCUGGGCCAGGGUUUCGUGUUGCACUUCAAAGAGGUCCCCCGGAACGACACGUGCCCUGAGCUGCCGCCCCCGGAGUGGGGCUGGAGGACGGCUUCCCACGGGGACCUGAUCCGGGGCACCGUGCUCACCUACCAGUGCGAACCUGGCUAUGAGCUGCUGGGCUCCGACAUCCUCACCUGCCAGUGGGACCUGUCCUGGAGCGCCGCCCCGCCCGCCUGCCAGAAGAUCAUGACUUGUGCUGACCCCGGUGAGAUCACCAACGGGCACCGCACCACCUCGGACGCUGGCUUCCCCGUUGGCUCCCACGUCCAGUACCGCUGCCUGCCGGGGUACAGCCUCGAGGGAGCAGCCGUCCUCACCUGCUACAGCCGGGACACGGGCACGCCCAAAUGGAGCGACCGGGUCCCCAAGUGCGCCCUGAAGUACGAGCCGUGCCUGAACCCCGGGGUGCCGGAGAACGGCUACCAGACACUGUACAAGCAUCACUACCAGGCGGGCGAGUCUCUGCGCUUCUUCUGCUACGAGGGCUUCGAGCUCAUCGGCGAGGUCACCAUCACCUGUGUGCCCGGCCACCCCUCGCAGUGGACCAGCCAACCCCCACUCUGCAAAGUGGCCUAUGAGGAGCUCCAGGACAACCGAAAACUGGAAGUGACCCAAACCACAGACCCAUCAAGACAGCUGGAGGGCGGGAACCUCGCCUUGGCCAUCCUGCUGCCCCUGGGCCUGGUCAUCGUCCUCGGCUGUGGUGUUUACGUAUACUACACCAAGCUGCAGGGAAAAUCCCUCUUCGGCUUCUCGGGCUCCCAUUCCUACAGCCCCAUCACCGUGGAGUCGGAUUUCAGCAAUCCCCUGUAUGAAGCUGGGGACACACGGGAGUAUGAAGUUUCCAUCUGAACCCCAAGGCGAAGGCUGCAGGACCCAGGACGUCCCUCCCUCCUCAUCCUCGGCAGGGAGGGGUGCAGGCCUGGUCUCUGGCUCCUCUCCUUCCUGUUGUGUAAAUAGCCUCCUGGUCCCACAAGGGGGCUCUGUUGGCCCUGGGGACCCCACAGUAAAUAAACCAGCAUCCUGUCACCCAAAACCUCUUCUCAGUUGCCAAAUAAGGGGCCUGCCCCACCCUCCUGGCUUUGGAUCCAGGCCUGGGAACCCAGCUCCACCACAACUCCUGGCGCCCCUCCAGCCCAGGCACCUCACGAGGACUGCCCCGGAGCGCCCUGUUCCCUUGGCCACGAAGGCUCUGCCCUUCCCCGACGCUCUGGCCCAGCCUAAGCCCUGGGCUUGGAAGGUCAGAGGAUGAAGGGAGAGCUGGGACAAGACCCCUAUGCCCUUCCCGCCAUCUACUCAGCCCACAGCCUCUCUCCACCUUUGCUUCUGGAUUUUUGUUUUUGAGCAAUAAACAGAAAAUCACCAUU